UUGUUUCCGAGGGUCGCAUUAUCAAGUCGUGCUAGACUUCAGAGUGUUGCACAGUUUCAUAAGCAAAACGUGACAGAAUAAAACAUUCUUAUUUGUGUUUCGAUUAAUACAUACUUAAUCAUUACUCUUAGUCGUCUUUGCAGAAAACCAUACACGUGUUAAACGGAAUAGUUAAAUCCGGAAAGGUGUUAUGAUACUUAUCUGAUACGCCGAGAGUAGAAGACAACCUUUCUAGUUUUUCCAAAAUGGAACUGCAGGCAGUGGUAAUGGCUGCAGGAGGGGGUUCGAGGAUGAUGGACCUGACAUACAGUAUCCCUAAACCCUUGCUUCCUGUUGGCAACAAACCUUUGAUUUGGUACCCUCUGAAUCUACUGGAAAGAAGUGGCUUUGAAGAGGUUAUUGUGAUUACAACAAAAGAAAUUCAGAAGAAUUUAACUGUUGAUACCAAAAUGAGGCUGGACAUAGUCAUCAUUCAAGAAGAUGCUGAUAUGGGUACAGCUGAUGCACUUCGACAUAUUCAUCAAAAGAUAAAGACUGAUAUUCUUGUUUUGAGCUGUGAUUUAAUCACAGAUGCUGCCUUGCAUGAAGUGGCUGACUUAUUUCGUGCCCAUGAUGCUACCCUCUCUAUGCUAAUGAGUAGAGCUCAUGAAUUCACUGAGACGGUUCCUGGUCAAAAAGGAAAGAAGAAAACAGGUGAACAGAGGGACUUUGUUGGGGUUGAUAGUUCUGGAAAGAGACUACUAUUUAUGGCAAAUGAAGCAGAUUUGGAAGAAGAGCUUGUUAUCAAAAAAAAAGUCAUGAACAAGUAGCCCAGAAUACAUAUAAAAACUGGACUUGUUGAUGCUCACCUGUACUGUCUGAAGAAGUCAGUAGUGGACUUUUUAGUAGACAACAAGUCAAUCACAUCUAUACGUGGAGAACUUAUUCCAUUUUUGGUUAGAAAACAGUUUACUGUAUCCUCCACACCUCAAAAGGCUAAAGAAGAAUCAGACCAAGACAAAAAGAAGAAACUACAAAAAACACCAGUUGAGAUCUGCAUUUCUUCUAAAGACGAGGAACUGAUAGAACUAGCACGUGAGAAAUCCUGCUGGAAUGACCAUCGAGGAGACAUGAGUGAUGCAUAUCAUAGUGGUAAAUUACGGUGCUAUGUUCAUGUAAUGGAAGAUGGCAUGUGUUAUCGAGUGAAUACACUUCCUGCUUACAUUGAAGCCAAUCGUCAGGCCCCAAAACUCUAUUCUGAGGAACCUUGUAUCCAUCCUUCAGCAAUAAUUUCAGAAAGGAGCACGGUUGGAUCUGAUAGCAUUAUUGCUGCUAACUGUCAAAUAUCGGAAAAAUCUUCUAUCAAGCGAUCUACAGUAGGAUAUUCAACUUCAGUUAAGGAGAAGGUUAAAAUUUCAAGCUCCAUCAUAAUGAACAAUGUUGUUAUAGAAGAAGGGUGUAACAUUCAAGGCAGUGUCAUCUGCAGCAGUGCUGUAAUAGGCAGAGGAUCUGAUAUCAAAUACUGUUUGGUGGGUAGUGGACAAAGGAUUGAAGCUGAAGCUGAGCGGAAUAAUGAAGUAAUUGUGGGGACUGAUCAGCUGAUGGAGAUCUAAAAAUACAUGAAACCACCUGUCUUUAAGUCUGCUGCAGAGCACAUGUUAAAUUCUAAGGACUUAUCCCAAACCUCAAUGCACCAAUUAUUGCCAUAGAAUUUUAAUUUAAUAACUGAUCUUCUAAUGUGCAUGUUUCACAAUUAAAUUAUGAUGUUAAUACCAGAAAAAAAUUAAGUAAUACAUUAUGUACUUCAUGUA